AUGUUGUACAAACCAUGGAUGCAAAAAUUCUUCCAUAUGUCAUUUUCUUGAUUGUUCCUAUUUUAGGUCGAAUGAGUGAUGUGAAUGAACAUGUUCGUUUAGUUAGCACCAAUUGUUUUGCCAUGUUAAUUAAGUUAGUCCCAUUGGAGGCUGGAAUUCCCAAUCCCCCUGGUUUAUCACCCGAAUUGUUGAGACAUCGAGAUGAUGAACGUAAAUUCCUUUCUCAACUUCUUGAUAGUAAGAAACUUGAUCCAUUCGAAAUUCCAGUAACAAUUAAAGCAGAAUUGAGAAAAUAUCAGCAGGAAGGAGUUAAUUGGCUCGCAUUUCUUAAUAAAUAUCAAUUACAUGGAAUAUUAUGUGAUG